AUGUCAUGUCAUUUGGAAUGCGUCUUUACACACAUUUUCUUCGGAGGGCUGUUGUUUGUAAUGGGAGUCGUAGAUCUCAGUUUCAAUUACGGCGAUUUUUGGACAGGGCUUAGAUUCUUUGUUAUCUUUUGUGGAGCCUGGGUAGGUAAGCUUAGUUGUUUUCCCUCUGCUGUAAACGGAAGCAAAAUACGGUUGCAGCUUACAUCACCUAAAAAACGGAAAAAGUACGUUCAGAACCGUUUCUGGCCUUUUCUGGUUUCCGUAUGUCUUCAAUAAGUUUUUCUUUCUCCUUUAAUUGUUAGCAAAUUGUAACAAAUAAUUAGCAAUUAUUGGACAAGGAAGAGUAUGAUUUGAAGAAUUAUGAGGGAUGAAACCCUCUGAGAUUUGCAUACUAUAAAUUGCUGGGAUUCGUACACUCUUUGUGAUUGGAAUUCAUUUAGAAACCAACUAAUUAAAACAAGCAACUGCAAACUGGUAAUAUAUAAUAAUAAUAAAUUACAAAAACAAUUAUUUCAUUGUGAACAUUUCUUAAUGCCUUAAAGACCUUCCCAGUUAAUCAAUUCCGGUCCAGGGAAGGCAGGAAAUUGCAUUUUGGAGACUCCAAUUUUAAAACUUUCCAAGGGGAGCAUGCUGACUCUCCUAGAAGUUUUUGCCUCUAAUGAUAAUGAUAAUAAUAAUAAUGAUAAUGAUAAUGAUAAUGAUAAUAAUAAUAAUAAUAAUGAACUUUAUUAAAGUCUCAUGUCUUAGAGUUCAGGCACAAUGCCUUACUAAUUGGGGAGACUGAUGGUGCUAGUCUGCCAGCUGAGCCUCUGUAUCUGGUACUUUCAAAUGCUACCAAAAACCCGAUUGGCAUUUUGAGAGAUCUUUUUAUUGGCUAGCCGGUUGUAGAAGGAGAACAAUGCAGGCAGCUGAAUAGGUUAUCGAUCAUUGCAAAAUGAAAUGACUACCGGUACAUUAACUGGGACCCGCAUUCCAAACCUUGGUUAGUGAAAUACCCUUUGAAGUCACACCCAGCUAGAAAAUAUAGCUAGGGCUAAUAAUCCUCUUUCUUUUUUUAAUGAAUCUCAAAUCAGAAAUAUGUGAGUUAAUAAAUUUCCAUUUUUUGACAGAUGUACAUCACAGGAGUAAUUCUAGCAACAAACCACAAGAGGGGAUCUUGUAGGCGCAAGGCCUUCGUAGGUUGAACUGUAUGGUUAGAAUAUUAAUUUUCUUCUAGAGUGCUCAACUUUAAUUUUCAGGAGCAAUCUGAAAUGACAUAUAAUUAUAAUGGAAAAUGUUGCUGCAGGCUUCAGAGGCCAUCAUAGCUUUAUUCCUAUUACUCUAUUGCCCAAGCGGCCUUGUUUCAAGGUCAAUAUACCAUUAAUCUGCCACUUAAUUGUUUCCAAAUAAAUACACCAUCAGAUCAAUUUGGUUUCAUCUUUUCAUCUUUCAAACACUUGUUGGUUAUAAAGAGUAAUUAGCCUGGGGAUUUGAACCAGUCAGAAGCAGUGAAAUACUUUGAAUAAAUAAUUAUGUAUGGUAUAUUGCUCACGUCUUCCAAACAUGUUACAUGGCAGUUUGUUAGGGAUUGGAGACAAUCAGAAAUGGCAAAAUAUUUUCAGUGAAUAAUUAUAGGCAAUAUACCACUGAAUCAAUGGUGUGUAUCGCUUUUAGUUCGAUUCUCCCCGGAUGAAGCCUUGCAAUUUAGAAAGUAUUUUCUUUAUUAAAAACAUAUCUAUUAUGAAAAAUCUGACCGAUUUCCGUAAAACAGUGGAAACUGGUGUGGAUCGACCCCUGCAAAUGUGGUAAGCACCAAGUGCUUGUUGAGAACUAGUUUAGGGGAUGUGAGCUAAUUAGAAAAGGCAAAAUAUUUUGAGUGAAUAAUAAUUACAACAAGAUGUUUAUCAACCAGCUGAUUUUUAAUAAUUUAUUUCCAGGGCAGUGCAUUUAUUACCUCAGGUUUGUGUGGUGUUGCAGUUAGUGCUUGCUACAGCUUAAUUUUACAUUCCCUGAGGUUUUGUGGAUACUCUGAUUGUGAACCAAGGAAGGCUUUUGCAGCUAUUGUCUUCAUACUUAGUUUUGUUCAGUGUAUUGCAGGAUGCAGUGGUUGUUACUGUUUUGCCUCGUCUUCUAGUCAGGUGACAACAAAAUUUAAUAUUAAAACUAGUGUUUGCAACUUUAUUCCCAGAGAAUUUGUAAUUUUUUUGUACAGCUUGGAUAAUACAGUGCAUGUUUGUAAUUUACUCUAGAAGUUAAGUUAAAAGUAUUAAAUGUUAAUUGAAGUGAUUUGUUUUAUAUCUGGGUAAUAUUUUCCAUAUAUUUUUACCAGGCUGAUCAAAUUUUAAGCCCUCCCAACGUUCCUGCUGGCGACGCCCAGAUGGUGCCUACAUGUAUGCCUCCUCGAAGUGCUUUCCAGAAUAACGACCGGCCUCCACCCUAUGGUGCUGGUUCGCCGGGACCUGAUCUUCUUCUUGUCCCCUUGGAGGGUACCCCCAUGUCUCUUCAAAGUGUUGUGCAGCAAAAUGAUCGGCCUCCACCUUAUACUGUCGACGCCCAGUCUUGCUCCCAUGGUUCUGAUCUUCUACUUGUUCCCUUGGAGAUGACUCCUUUGCCUCCACAGGAAACUGGCCCGCCUCCACCAUAUCACCAAAUUUCCACAACAGAGUCUGUCAUGUCGAGCUUUCAUGAUGGACAUCAGCCCCCUCCUUAUGUACGCACAGAUGGGCAAGUAAGAGCAGAUCUUUUUGUUUUGUUCAGGGAGCUUAAACACUAUGCGUUUUAUAAUGGUGCGCUCACUAAAUUGUGGAUUUAAGACUUAGUUUGGACUUGGACUUUGGACUUACUUUUUUAUGAUUUCACAUUUUUUUUUUUAUGAUUUCACCUUAAUUUCGUUUACUUAAUUUUGUUUCUCAAAGACAAUUUAAAGGUAUUCCACAUUAUCUUUGGCGUAAAAUAAAACGUCAGUUUUUGAAAAACAUUAUUUUAAUUCUGUUUGUCUUAAUAAAUUUACUUUAAUUCACUCUUUAAAACUUCAAGAUCGCGACGUUUCAUUUCCCAGGAUCCUUACAAAAACUUGCAUUAUUAUGCUCUAUUCUCAAAAGCCACAUCACUGUUCGAAAAGAGUAGGGGACGUAGACCCCGGUGUUGUGGUCAACCUUCACUCAUCACAUCAUUCACAUCAUGGGUUGGGUGGGUACAGUAAGCUCAAAAAUGGAUAGCCUGCGAGCAAGCUCUCCUAUUUGGGCAAGCGAAGCGAGCCUCACGAGAACGCGCUGUCCCUCGCGGCUUCGCCGCUCGCUCGCGCGUUCUCGCAAGACCUGUUUCACUGCCCCAAACAGGAGAGCUUGCUCGCAGGCUAAAAAAUGGACUGAGAGAACCCCAAUUUACGGACUCCUCGUUGUUACGGAAAGUUUUCUUCCUCCGGAGAAGCCCUUACAGUUUUCUCUAAAUUGAAUCCGCUGGCGCAUACCCGUCAAUGCAGAGAACGCAUACUUAUUGCUUGCCCAAUCAACUGAUUCUCAUCGAAGGUUAACCUCGUUAAUGCGGACACUUUGUUCUCAAAAAUAUGCUGAAAAUUUAUAGGAAGCCUUUUUCUUUUUUAAGGUAAAGAAAAAACCUUUAGCUGACAGCAUGUUGAUGUUCCCAGCGGUAAAGUGCACCGGAUAGGAUGAUUUAUAGAGCCAAAUUGAAUUUCAGACUAUUUUGGCAUCAAACGCGUUAUGCAGAUAACGUUUUUGCAUAUUAUAAGUAAUAUAUGGAUGAGCGAUUUUUGAGUGUUUCCGUGUGUUUAAUCCACGGAAUGACGGUUUUGUGAAAGUUAGAAAUAUUUAAGUUGACGAUGCUAAUAUCCGCUUUCAUUUCUUUAAUUUGAAUUUUUUCUAAUAUAAGGCUUUUUUUACAGUUUUACUUGAAUAACAUGACCCUCUUAAUACGGACACACUGUUAAUUCAGUGUCCGUAACGAAGUUUGACUGCACUAAAUCUUACUUGCAUUCUUUUUUUUUCCUAGCAUCGUGUAACUACUUACGUGUGAAGUUGGAGACUCCUGCCAGUUCUCAACUAA